CCGAUCCCCUCCAAAGAGUCAUCUCCCCCUUGGAAACGAGAUUAUAGAUUGCUUUUUCUUCUUUUUUUUUUCUUCGCAUUUUGCUCUCAUUUCCAAGGGGACCCACGUAUUUUUCUGAACUUUCAGGGUCCAUGCUUCAAGAAUGAGUUUGAUCAAUGUGAGACUCUUGCGUACUCCCACUUUAGCAUUGUCAUGCUUGCUGUUCUUUGCUCUGGGCAAUUUUAUCGCACAUCAAUUUCAAGCUCAAUCUGGUUGCAUUCAUCAGUUGGAUCCUGGACAUGAGGCCCUCAGUGAGUUGAGAGAGGGAUAUCAUGGUCUCAAGACCCAAAAGACAUUCCUGUUAGUGAUGAUCCUUUCGAGCCCUUCAAAUGUGGAGCGUCGAAAAGCCAUUCGACAAACUUGGUUGAACUUGGCUCCGAAUGUGAAAGCUGAAGUGCUACCGUUGUUUGUCUUGGGGGAUUUGACCCUCGCCACCAAAGAAGAGGAGUUGAUCCAAAGCGAAAAUUUAGCUUACAAAGACCUCUUGAUAUUGCCCGUGGAAGACGCUUUCGAUUUGCUCACCAAGAAAGUGCUCGCUACUCUGGUUCAACUUGAUCGGAAUGUGCAAUUUAAGUACUUGUUAAAAGUCGACGAUGAUACCUAUGUGGAUGUGCCGAAAAUGUUGGACGAACUGAAGAAUUCAAACUAUGAGAGUGCUUUAUACUGGGGCCUUUUUGAUGGCCGUGCUCCCGUGUUCCGCUCACCAAGGAGCAAAUGGCAAGAAGCUGACUACUUUUUGUGUGACAAGUACAUUCCGUAUGCCCUGGGUGGCGGGUACGUGCUCUCGCAGGACUUAGUGCAUUUCAUUGCUGAGAACGCCGAUCUCUUAAAGCUGUAUAAGAACGAGGAUGUCUCGGUAGGAACGUGGUUGGCUCCUCUCAAAGUGAAUCGUGUUCAUGAUACUCGAUUUGAUACCGAGGCCCGAUCUCGAGGUUGUUCCAAGGAGUUCAUUGUCACACACAAACAGUCAGUGGAGAAUAUGAGGGACAAGCAUCGCCAUUUGACUGAGAAGGGCACCUUGUGCGACGGAGAUCCCCAUCUGAUUCCAAUUUACGAAUACAACUGGAAAGUUCCGCCGUCCAAGUGUUGUGAACGGCCUUGAAUUGUUCAGGUGGCCUUGAUACCAAAAAUCAAAACUCGUGCUCGUCACAAUAAGAGGCAUUUUCCGCAAAUAGCUAUGCUUCCAAUACGAUGCCGGAUACGGCUCACUCGUUCGGAAAUAUGAAACAGAAGCGUUUAGGCAUUGCUCUCUGUGAAAUAUAUUUCUUUCACAUAA